CCAGUCAGUCAGUCAGUCAGUCAGUGCGUCCUCCGCCGGCUGUGAGGGGGCAGACAAACGACCAGGACCGACUUUGGGAUUUAUUAUUCGGCGUGAGCGAACUCCUGGAUUACAAAACACCAUCUUUAUUUCUCUUUUUGGUUGUUGUUUUUUAUUAUUAUUAUUUCUUCGACUUCUGGCUUUGAGGAAACAACCUGCCACCAUGUCUCGCGCUCCAGAGGAUGUGAGCAAGCUCACUGAAAACACAUACAAGAUCGUCAUGGACCAGUUCAACCCGGGCCUGAGGAACCUGGUCAACCUAGGGAAGAGUUAUGAGAAAUCAGUCACAGCGAUGACUCUUGCUGGAAAGGCCUACUUUGAUGCAGUCUCAAAGGUUGGAGAGAAUGCUAUGGUGUCUCCGGUCUCCAGAGAGCUUGGUGUGGUUCUGAUGGAGAUCGCUGAGGCCCACAGGAAGGUCCAUAAUGAACUGGAAGAAAACUUCAAAAGGUUCCACAGAGAGGUUGUUGUCGAGCUCGAGAAGAAGACAGAGAUGGAUGUUAAAUACAUGAAUGCCACCUUCAAGCGCUAUCAGUCAGAGCACAAGCUGAAGCAGGACUCCCUGGAGCGCUCACAGACAGACCUGAAGAAGCUCCGGAGGAAAAGUCAGGGGAAGAACUCAUCCAAGUAUGAUAUUAAAGAAAAUGAGUAUAUGGAAACCAUCUCAUCGCGACAGAUGGACAUGCAGAAGUUCAUCUCUGACGGAUGCAAAGAAGCUUUACUGGAAGAAAAGAGGCGCUUCUGCUUCCUGGCCGACAAACACUGCAUGUUCUCCUAUCAAACCAGCAACUUCUACGAGAAGGCCAAAGAGACUCUAGCGGUGAAGAUCCCCAGCUGGCAGGAAAAGUGCAGCGACAUCACAAAGGUGCCGGACACGGUGAUGACCAUGAUAGAGGAGCUGUCUACCACUCCAGAACAAUCGCCGCAGGUCGAACGCUACAACAGGAACAAUGUGGAGCCAAUGGGUCCUCCACCUGCACCGCCACUGAAGGCACAAAUCAGUCCACUCGCCAACAUGUUCAACCCAGAGCCCAGAUCUCCCCUCACCUCCUCUUCAGACCACAACUCAGACCAGGGCAGUCUUGGAGAGGGCAGCCUGUCCAGGUCUACAUCUCAGUCCUCUGGUCUCAACGUGGGCAGGAAGCACAGAGUCAGGACCAUCUUUCCCCACACGGCGGGCAACAACCCCACACUCCUCAGCUUCGGCGAAGGCGACAUCAUCACACUGCUCAUCCAGGAAGAGAAAGACGGCUGGCUGUACGGAGAGCAGGAGAAGACACAGCAGUAAGGGAUUUGUAGAUAUCAUCAGUCCA